AUGUCGUCGACUAAAGAAAAUAUGAACGGAGUGAAAUGGUCGCUGAAUACAAGAGUGCCCUAUCUGCAGUUGACCGAAACUCUUGCGAAAAUUGAAAACGAGAGCAAACGGCUUAAAAUUGUCGGAGUGCUCGCUGAUUUCUUCACAAAGGUGAUCGAAUAUUCCCCGGAUGACUUGUUGAGCUGUGUUUACCUGUGUGUGAAUCAGUUGGGACCUGCGUAUGAAGGUCUGGAGCUUGGAAUUGCCGAACACACAAUAAUUAAGGCAGUUGCACAAGCCACGGGUAGGACAGUGGAGAAAAUCAAAGAUGAUUUGCAGAAAAAGGGCGAUUUAGGGAUAGUAGCGCAACAGUCUCGCCAGAAUCAAAGAUCAUUGUGCGGUGCAUUCGGUUAUCGUCCAAAACCGCACACUGUGCAGUCUGUCUUUGACAAACUGACCGACAUUGCGAAGCUCACUGGUGCCUCGUCAAUGAAUAAGAAAGUUGAGCUCAUCAAAGGUCUUAUCGUCGACUGUCAUGGGUCGGAGACGCGUUUCCUUGUUCGAUCGCUUGGAGGAAAACUUAGAAUUGGCCUUGCAGAACAAAGUGUGUUGGUUGCCUUAGCAAACGCCUUAACUUCACAUUACGUCAAGAAACGGGGUCUUCAACUUUCCUCGUCCAAGCUAGAGGAGCUUAGAAGCGAGCACGUCGUUCUCCUUAAAACGACGUAUUGUGUUUGUCCAAACUAUGGGAGGAUAAUUGCCGUUGCACUCUCUGAAGAUAUAGAGAGUUUAAGUGAACAGUGCAAGAUUACACCAGGUGUUCCAUUGAGACCUAUGCUAGCCCAUCCAACAAAGGGAAUUGGUGAAAUCAUGCGAAGAUUUGGGGAUGCUGAAUUCGCGUGUGAAUGGAAAUAUGAUGGAGAACGAGGGCAGAAUGCUGGAGACUCUGAGAUCAAAGUGAAAGUUUGCGUUUUUCUUUUUGAUUUGCUUUAUCUCAAUGGUGAACCACUUGUAACGAAAUGCUUUCGAGAACGACGUUCUAUUCUUCAUCGAUAUUUUACGAGUGUUGAAGGACACUUUGGUUUCGCAGAACACCUAGAUUCCACCGACACAGAUGAAAUAAAUGAAUUUCUCGAAGAAGCCAUCAAGGGCAACUGUGAAGGAUUGAUGGUGAAAACACUGGAUUUAAAUGCUACUUACGAAAUUGCUAAGAGAUCGCACAACUGGUUGAAACUAAAGAAGGACUAUCUUGAUAGCGUAGGGGAUACUUUGGACCUUGUUGUCAUCGGCGCUUAUUUUGGAACUGGAAAACGUACUGGAGUAUUCGGUGGGUACCUUCUGGCAUGUUGGGAUCCAGAUUCAGAAGAAUACCAGAGUAUUUGUAAGGCACGUAGCUUGAUUUUUAAUAUUGGAACUGGAUUUAGCGAUGAAGACCUAAAGUUACAUCACGAUCUAUUGCUGCGCUUCCAGAUUGAUUAUGCUCGACCUUACUAUGCUUUCGACGAUUCUAUGAAACCUGAUGUGUGGUUCGAUCCUCAAGUAAUUUUCGAGGUAAAAUGUGCUGACUUGUCUAUAUCUCCACGUCACCUUGCUGCAAAGGGCUUGGUUGAGAGCGAUAAAGGAAUUUCGUUGAGAUUUCCGCGUUUUCUGCGAAUAAGGUACCAAGUAAUUUGUAAUAUAAACAUUUGCUGUAUUUCUGUAUAUUUGACUUUAAGGGAUGACAAGAAUGCAGAAGAUGCAACCACAUCAUCUGAGGUUGCUACGAUGUACAAAAACCAAGUUCAGAUCCGAAAUCAGCAAAGCUGUACUGAAGAAGAUGACGAUGAUAUUGAGUUUUAA